AUGUCGGAGGAAGUAAUGGACGAACCCCCGCGGAUGUCCGCCAACCCAUCGGAGGAUGGCGAAGGAUCACAAAGUGCCGACGACGCCGCGACGACCGACGAUCUGCGGUCUCCAGCAGCCGGCGGGUCCGCUCCGUCUUCAACUCGGGCAGCAAAUUCCCAGGACCACACCUUUCUUCGGGCGAGUGGUCCGCUUAUGUCUGAAAGCGCCGCGAUGUCUUCUUCGGAGUUGCUGGGGCCACUGGGUGUCGAGCGAGACGGAUUGGGCAUCAAGGGGUAUCUCUACAUGCGCGAUGAAGGCGUGACGUACCACCGCAUGAAACGCUUUUAUUGUCGCUGUGUUGGUGUCAACUUCUCGCGGUUUGCGUCGCGCGACACAGCUUCUGCAAUGAUUGCAGCAGUUUUUAGCGCAGAGGUGCAGAAGGUGGAGGAAUGGGACGGUAAAGGUCUUUGGCACACGUAUCACCACUCGUUCAAGUUGUCAUUUACGUCAGGUGUUGUGUUUAAUAUGGAUGCUGACUCGGAUGAAGACAAGUACCAAUGGAUUGAGUACAUCGAGACAGCAUUGCAAGGAACAGAGGCUGCAGUUGAGAAGUGGACAGCGCAUGCAUCAGUGUGUCCCACCAUUAUGGAACUCACUCCAGGCGGUCUCACGUUUACUGAGAAGAAAUACCAUAGCUCUCGGUUUGCCAUGCUUCGACAUUUGAGCACGAGUUAUCCUGUGCGAGUUUGCAUGGGCUGCUAUCGUGUACAACGAUUUGUGCUGUGGCUUGGAAUGUUGUUGCAACGUUUGUACAUCGCUCAAACGGAGGAAGAAGGCGUGGAGAAACCUGUUCUGUCCGAUGCCGAUGAGGAGGAAGUAGAGGCACUGAUUGCAAUAUUUGAAGACGACGCCUUUGGAAUAUCCGACGUGAUUCAGGUUCUUCACUUGCAUCGUCAUGGGUGCGAUGAAGCGUAUGCUUACGCAGUGAAUAAGCUGCUGAUGCUUUCAGCGUCCAACUUGUCGGACUUCGAGUUCUUCCUCCCUCAAAUCUUUCACAUGUGGCUAACAGUGGACUGGACGAAUAAUAACAUCAAAGCUGCGCUACUGUUUCGAGUUUUGUGCUACGCAACCCAACUGCACAUCCGCCUCGCAACAUCUAUCUACUGGCUAACCCGCGCAGCAGUUGACGAUAGCUGCGGCUGGGGCUUUGGUCAGUCGGAGCUGUAUGUGCCCGAUUUCCUGUACCACAAAAUGAGUAGAUGCAAGCUAUUGAUGAUGAACGUGGAGCUGCAGAUUUCUCGUGGUGACUGGACAUUUGAGGUGGACAAGGAUUUGCCGGCCUCUACAGCGCAAACUGCCAUCAUCAAGUGCCUUUUCGAUCCUGUUCCAUCCCUCGGGGUUUCUUGCUCCCUAGUGAUGCACUUCCAGAAGACUGCUGUCAAGAUGCGACUGCUUACGAUUGCAAAAGACGAAGGAACGAUAUUUACGACGAGAGCCCGCGCACCGACGCUAAUUUUCUUUGAGGUAGCGAGACUCACAACGGCUUUUGAUAAGAGUGCGUGGUUAUACCGCGGUCGAUCUCUCCUCUUUGGCGGCCAAAUUGACAAGCCAUGUGAUUCUGAGAGUAGUCCAAACAUCGGAGGGAUUAAAGCCCUGCCUCCUACUUCUGAAGCCAGAGUUGUUAAGAACGCUAUCGAGAUGGCCACGAGCAGCGAUAUAGCGCAAGUAAUUGCAAUGGAUACGUUUUCCGGGGAAGGGAAUGAGCAAGACAAUGACGAUUUUACAGACGAGCAGAAGCGUUCAGGUUAUGAUGACUUGGCGAGUAGCGCUGGUGAGGAGAACGACCUGCAAGAGCUAAGGGACCGUAUUCCGUCUGAUCCACCGCCAUCGCUGGCCUCCCUGGCUUCUGACAAGAAGAAGCGAAAUUGCCGUGACCGACCGGGCUCGCUGAUGAACUCAACAUCAAAAUCUUUGGAUUCCAUUAUUGCUUCUUGCGCCGAAUCAAUCAAGAGUCGACGGAAGCGCUCAAUCAGCGAAGGCUCUGGUUUCAACGGCAGUGAAAAACCACACUGGAAGAAGCAGGGCUCCAUGCCAAACGACAUCGAAAACUUCACUGAUGAGCAAUUGAUCUCGAUUGCUCAGAAUAUGGUGACUGGUUUGUUAGAAAGCAACCCGUCAGGGAACGGCACUUUUACGGGCAAGCAAGUCGUGGAAUGGAUGACAGAGAACGAAAUCGUGUCGAACGCAGCGCAUGCACUCUGGCUAGGAAGUGAACUGCUGCGCAGUGGCGCCCUCGAGACGAAAUCGAAUUUACCUGGCUCCGCCGAGAGCUUCGAGGCCAACAAUGAGACACUGUAUCACUUGAAAGAGCAAUUUGGCACUCAAUCGUCAGAGCACAGUCAAACCUUGAUGUCUGAUGCUCUUCCAAUAUCGCCACAAGGUACUAAAAAAUCGACCAAAGAGUGUAACGACUCUAUGUUUCGCACGUCUUCGCGCAUCAUGUUGAAACCUCAAGAGGUGAAGGUGGAUGUUGCCGACUUAGCUGAUGCAGUCGGUGCAAAUUUGAUCGGCACAACCGCCGAAAGCGCUCCGAAUUCCAUUUCAAAAGCUUCGAAGCCACUGAAGGACUAUCUUACGAGCCCGUUUGACGAAAGGCCUUCCAAUGCUUUGAACGUCCAUGAUGGCUCAUUUAUUUUGAAGUUCGAGCCUGAUGUAGCAAUGGCAGCAAUGGACUCAGUGGAGCAAACGUUGCAGCAAUUUGUGUUGUUACAAGGAGUCGAAAGUGCCACCCAACUAAGUGAAGACCUUCAUGUGCUGAGGGAGCAGCUAAGUAUCGUGUACGAGUAUGUCAUCGCUAAACGGAAACGUCUUCACGUUGCUGUAGAGUCAGCAUUUGGGGAAAGCUUCGAAGAAAAGAAGGAGCGUUUGCGCGAUACAUCAUCACAUGUCGCGGCAUUGCAGCCAAAGGAUUGGGAUUGCGUUGCGCUGAUUGUCAAAUCUAACGAUGACCUGCGGCAAGAGGUUCUGUGCCAGCAGAUCAUCCGUCAGCUGCAAGAUAUCUUCCAGAGUGCGGACCUGCCUCUGCGCUUGCUGCCGUACGAGAUCGUUGCAACUUCAGCGUCUACAGGCAUGAUUGAGUACGUCAAGAAUGCAGUAUCGCUUGAUGCGUUGAAGAAGAGGGGCAACUACACAAACCUGGCAGACCACUUCGUGAAAACGUAUGGUCAGGCGGAUUCACCGGCGUACAAAACAGCAAUGACAAAUUUCGUGCGCAGCAUGGCUGCUUAUUCCUUGGCAUGCUACUUUUUGCAGAUUAAAGACCGGCACAAUGGCAACAUCAUGAUUGACAGUGAUGGCCACGUCAUUCACAUCGACUUCGGUUUCAUACUCGGUAUUGCUCCUGGGGGCCGGUUUAGUCUGGAGACAGCUCCUUUCAAACUGACGAGCGAAAUGGUCGACGCAAUGGGUGGCACUCAGUCGGACUACUUCAAGGCCUACGUCAUCUUUCUCAUUCAAGGAUUUUUGGCUCUUCAGCAACACGCCGAUACCAUUCUAAUGAUGAUCGCGAUCAUGGCGCAGGAGUCGUCUUGUCCGUGCUUCUUAUCUCAAAAUCCGCGAGACAUCUUGAGCGCCACAAAACUCCUCUUCCGGCUCGACUACGACCAAAGUCAAGUCAUCAAGCACGUGAUCAGUCUUGUCCGCCGCAGCCACAGCAGCUACCGUACUCGCCAGUACGAUGUUUUCCAGCGAAUGACAAAUGGCAUUUUGCCCUGA